UGACGUCUGUGGGGAUUUGGAAGAUGUUGUAGCCGAAACUUGACAAACAUUGUGUUGUUUUUAAAUCAGUGUUAACAUAUGUUUACAAAUGCGUAGCGCGUAUUAUAAACCCCAAAAUGGCACAAACUGCACAUAUACCAAGUUAAAAGCUUCAGGUCAGAGUAAAGCAGACUCCGGAGGCCCAGCCAUGCCUCAGAAAGUCCAGAAGAGCGCCCAGACAGCACACUACAUCGAGCUGGGAGGUUACCAGUACUGGCCUGUGCUGGUGCCCCGAGGCAUCAGACUGUACACCUACGAACAGAUCCCGGUGUUUCUGAGGGAGAACCCCUACAUCACAGAUGGAUACAGAGCCUACCUGCCCUCCAGACUGUGCAUCAAGAGCCUCUUCAUUCUGUCCAAUGAGACGGUGAAUAUCUGGAGCCAUCUGUUGGGCUUCCUGCUCUUCUUCUGUCUCGGGGUGUACAACAUGGCGUCCGUGCUGCCGGGCUUCAGCGCCUCCAGAGAGGAUUACGUCAUCUACUCCAUUGGCCUGUUCUGCUUCCAGCUGUGUAUGCUGUGCUCGGUGGGUUACCACCUGUUCUGCUGCCAUCGCUCGGAAAAGACCUGCCGCCGCUGGAUGGCGCUGGAUUAUGCCGGUGUGUCCAUCGGCAUCCUGGGCUGUUAUGUCCCCGGAGUCUUCUACACAUUCUACUGCAAUAAUUACUGGCGGCAGGUGUACCUGGUGACGGUCCUGGCCAUGAUCCUGGCCGUCUUCUUUGCUCAGAUCCACCCUCAUUACCUCAGCAAGCAGUGGAAGCAGCUGCGCUCGCUCAUCUUCUGCUCGGUGGCCGGAUACGGCCUCAUCCCCACCGUCCACUGGAUCUGCAUCACGGGAGGCUUCUCCUCUGAGCUGGUCCAGGCUUUUGUUCCUCGUGUCCUGGGGAUGUACUUCAUUGCGGCAUUAGCUCUCAUUUUCUACGUUUCAAAAGUUCCUGAACGUUACUUCCCAGGUCAGCUCAACUACCUGGGCUCCAGUCACCAGGUGUGGCACUUGCUGCUGGUGCUGAUGUUUUACUGGUGGCACCAGUCGUCAGGCUUCAUCAUGGCAUACAGACACAACCAGCCCUGCCCCGAUGCCCCCCAACACGCAUAGCACGCUGCUCAGCACCAUGGGACCCUGACACUUUGACACGGUCGGUGAAUGGCUGCAGCGUUUCCCACCUUGCACUGGACGGAGGGCAGGGAGACACCAGGCUUUCAGUCCGUCCCGGUGAGUCUCUGUGAUGAGGGAGGAAACCAUCAGAGGGUCUGCAAACGGGAAUCAAACCUGCGACCUCCAGGAUCUGUGAGCUCUGAGUGAUUGUAGGUAAACGGUCACAGUGACUAAAACUUUUUUCUUUUCUUUUUUAACUGCAGAAUUUAAGGCUAUCACACUGCGUUCACAUUUACAGAACUUUAAAAUCAGUUAAGGCUUAAUAACUGUUUUCUGUAUAAAUCAGACAAAGAUUCAGGGCUGGCAGGUUUAGUCAAGUAGCAUUUUCUUUUUUUAACACAAGAUCCCACAUGUUCCUGCAAGUGCCUGUAAGCAAAACAUCCUAUAGCUCUUGGUAAAUGAAAUUAAUCUUAUUUCGUCUUAUUUAAAGUUUCGCUCCUGGAAUGGCCUAGUUUCAGCCGCAUCACUAUUUUAAAUGUAUUUUUAAAGGUUUAUAAGCUAAUGGUUGUUACUCUGAGAGCUGCCCCCCCACAGGUCUGCUGUGAGUAUAGUUCCAUAAUGCUUUUAAACCAUAGCUUUUUCCUUGAAAAUGAGGCGAACAGCCUUUAAGCUCUGCAUAAUUACACUAAACGUCUGGGAGGAUGUGAGCGAACCAGUCAGUUUUGAGCUUGAGCUUAAAUAGUUGAGAAAUGUUGAGUUAAACUCAACCCAAAUUAUUACUGCUGGAUUUCUUUUGUCUUCCCAGACUGUUGAAAUCACUUUCUAUGUUUCGAUAGAAAAGCCAAAGACUCAGAGCCACUGCUGUGGAACAGAGCUCCACACCCUGUCUUUAUCAGUUCAUCUCACUUUUUUUUUUUUUUUUAUCCUUUAGUGAGAACAAUGUUGAUGUUUCUGUUUCUAACAGAGUGAGACGAACAACAGACAGUUUUAGACCCAGGAUGGUGAAAUGUUGUACUUACUUUGAACACAAAUACUGUAAGUGAAUACCUGAUGCUUCACAACUGAAUGAUUUCUUUCUACGUUCUUUUGUGUCUGGCUGCUUUGUCAGUGUGUUCAUUUAUAUCAGAGCUGCACAGGAUGUUUGAAAGGAGAAGCUCCUGUGAAACAAACUGUUGCUUCACAGGAAAUUCUCUCCUUCACCUCUCCAGCUCAAACCAGUGACAGUCAGCGUGUAAAGCUGAGUGGUCAGGGGUUUGCACUGAUUUAACAUUUAGAAAAACUCUAUGGUUGCAGCUGCAGUUUGUCUCUGUUCUGUGCAGCCCUGUUAUUUACCGUACAUUCAGAUGACUCUUUGUUAAAAUAGUUAAAACUGUGUUGGACUUUGAAUCUUCCACUGUAGCAAAACUCAAACAGUUCAGACGUAAUUUCACAGACAUAAUAACCUGAGUACACUUUCCUCAGCUCAUUUAGGGGGACGUGCAAUGUUAAAGGAAAAUGUUUUUUUAAGGGCUUCAUUCCAAAAUGCAACACAUCUUAGCUCAAUUCAAAUAUUCAAAGUCUUAAUGCUUAAAACAUGAAUGCCUGUCACAUGAGCAUUUCUGUUUGUCGACAUUUAAUCACAACAGGCGUCCAGUUAAAUGGUAGAUGUCUCAUUUUGGAAUGAAAGUCAUUUGUUUUCUGUGUGAUAUUUAAUGUUUUUAAGGUUUAGACCGAGACAGAUGUUCUUUGGUGUUAAGGUUUCAGAUGCUUUUUGUUGUUCUGUAUUUAAAUUAUUCAUCAUGAACCUGCUCUGUAAAACAUUCUGUCUUUGAUAAGCUCUUGUGUUUCUGAGACUCAUUUUGUAGCAGCAGAAAUUUUGUAUCUUGACUUUUCAUACCGGAGCAAUCAAACUGCUGAACUUGACUCUAAAUAAAAUUAACCACUUACUUGUU